AUGUCAGCUGGAAUUCCCGUGAGACUCCUAAACGAGGCCCAAGGGCAUGUUGUGUCACUAGAACUCACUACAGGGGAUACUUAUCGUGGCAAAUUGGUUGAAAACGAAGAUAACAUGAACCUAUCUUUGAACGAUGUCACCAUCACCAAAGGUCGUACUGGUGAGACGUCUUAUAUGAGUCAGGUAUUUGUGAGAGGCUCCAUGAUUAGAUUUGUCAGUGUUCCUGACAUAUUGAGGAAUGCGCCGAUGUUCUUUAUGAAGCCAGGUGAGAAGCCUAGACCUCCUGUUCGGGGUCCACCUCCCAAGCGUAAUAAGUAUUGA